UGCAUCCGGUUUUCAAAUUUUUUUUUCCCCUCCCCUCGGCUCUCUCCUUGCCGCGAGCUUGGCGGGUAGAGGGGACGGUUCUGAGAGUGCAUGGGAACCCGGAGACUCUGUCCCCGAGUGUCUGCGGCGCGCCCCCGCUUUCACUCUCCAGUCCAUUAAGGGCUUCCCGAGACGUCUCCCCCCACCCUCGUGAGACCGGGCUUGGGCGCGCCAGCACCAUUCCUUCCACCGGCGUCGCCCCCUUCCCCACCACAGACUUGGGCCGAUGAGGCCGGGGAGCUGUGGUGUGGCCAUGGCUUCCUCUGACCUGGAUCACCUGAAAAUUAGCUACAGAACAAGAUUUUGCUGUACUUCUAGAGUUCCUGAUACGGAUCUAUGGCAAGGCCAGAAUAUACUGGAAAACAUACAAGACUGUUUUGAAGAAAAAAGUUCUGACACUGGCUUUAGCACAAAUCCUGGAAGUCCAACUCUCUGUUCGACUCCUUGCAGAUUAAGAAAUGAUUCCUAUUUAUUAUCAAAGAAAGAGUGCCAGAUGUCACCUUCAAAGUCUGAUAGGAUUUCUUCAGUGAAAAAGAAAGCUAAUACCCCAGCUUUUUCCCAGCAAUCUAUUAUAUUACAAAAUCAGGCAAAUAACAGUUCAGGUGAUUUAAUUGGUUUGAAGAAUACACCAAAUUUAAUAUAUGCUUCAAGUGGAGCUGAAGAAUUUAAAAAAAUUCCUAAUGAAGUUGUGGAAGAAUUUUACUUAACAGUUGGAUCACCUGGUCUUUUGGCCAAGGAAACAGAGAUAUUACCAUUACCUCAACAAGCUACUCCUUCUACUACACAAGAUAGACAGAGCUGCAUGUUUGGAAAUUCAGUCAUCCAAGAACCUUUGCUUCCCAAAUCAAGUCUUAAAACUAAAAAGAGCUUAAAUUGUCAACAUAUAGCAGCAGUUUGGUCUCCUUUAAAGAAAGUAGAAAAAGAUGCUCCAGUUUCGGGAGGACAACAAAAGAGGAAACAAUCAGAAUCUUCUGAGCAAAUAACACAAGAUCCAAAACAAAUUCAACAAAAAACUAAAAGGAGUUUUUCGACAUUACUUUUAGAAGCAGCAACAAGGAACUGUAGAAACAGUUCUGUCCUUAGGCAUGUAUCAUCACCACAGAUCCAUUCUCCUUCUCCUCUUCCAAAUGACUUAGAAUCCUCAAAUGAUGAAUUUAUAAUUGAUGAAUUAGAUUGCUCUGUCUCUCAAGAUUGGGUUUUAAUACCUAACAAGAACAGCAAGUCUGUGAAACAGAACACGACAACCCCUCAGGAGAACUCUCAGGAAUCAGAAAGAAAAAAGUCAAGGAUAGAGCAACAGCAAGGAGAAAAAUGCAACUCAGCAAGUGAUAAACAGGGUGAUACAGAGAAUGGAAUUUCAGAUGUUAUUAGUGGAGAGAAGUCCUCAAAAUCCAUAAAACAUAAAGUUCGAGCAGUAGAGAAAUCACAGUCCCCUAAAAGAAAAAAAUUAGACAAUUUAUCUGGAGUAAUGGGAAAUGCUUCUAAAUCCACAAAACAUAGAAUAUAUUCUGAGGAAUCAGAACAAUUUUUGGAAAAUAAAAGGGCUGUUGUGCAACCGCAGAGUGAAAAAUAUGAGACCCAAACAGAUAAUAGACAAUCUGAUGAAGUUCUAGUUAAUUUUGCUGAAGAAAACCAAGAUAGUUUUCACAGCAAUCAAAAUGUUGCCGAAGUAGAUAGUGCCUUGAGGAUUACUAAAUCCAAAACUAACUCAGUGGAGAAAUUGCAAACUACAGAAAGAAGAAAGCUCAGGAAACAUGGCAUGGAGCAGAGCAAGAAGAAAAGAUUUAAUUUGUCACAAACUAAUCAAGACAAGCUACAAAGGGAGUCUGACAGAAGUUUGGAACAACAGAAAGAAAGUGCAGAAUCUUGUCACUCUGCAGAGAAAACACUGUCUGCUUCUGGAAAAGGAAAAAAAAACAAUGAUGCUUCUCAACAAAUUCAGAAAAAAGGACAUUUAAAUAAAACAACAUCGAAAAACCAACAAAUAUCUAAGAAGAGAGAAAUUAUACCAAAACAAAACAAAUCUAAAGAGUUCACUGUUACUAGAAGUCAACGAAUUUCUAAGCGUCCAUCUAAUUGGUGGGUAGUUACAACAGAACAGAGUAAUAUGUCUUACAGUCCUACUUUAGAGUUACCAGUAAACCAUAAAAAAAAAUCCAAAACAUCUAAAGAAACAAAAAAAAUACCUACCAAGACUUUGGGGAAAGCAACUAUUCCACUCAAACAACAGAAAUCAUCUAUUUGUGCCAAGCCAAAAGAAGCAUCUAUUCCAAACAAACAAAAAAGAAAGAAAUUAUCAUAUUCAAGUGAUGAAAAUUGUGAUAUGGUCCACACAGUUCCCAAAUUGGAUGAACAAGAAGGUUCAUUAAAAGAAACUCCAAGAAAGAAAAACGUUGCCUAUUCUAGUACUGCAGAAUCCCCUAAGGAAUGUAUCAGUGAUGUUCAAAAUGUUAAUCUGACACCAACAGUGCUAACAUCAGAUUCUAAAACCUCAACCAUGGAAGAAAGUGGACCAGCCAGGUUAAGGAAUAAUGUUUUAAUAUCUACAAACAACAAAAUCCUUGGAGAUGAACAGGAAUGUGGUACAAGCCUUCUUGACAAAAUGCCAUGUGUUCGUCGUACUUCAAGAAUUAAAAUGAAACCUUUGGAAUACUGGAGAGGAGAACGAGUAGACUGUGAAGGCAGGUUAUUAGGUGGAUCUGUGGUCAAUGGGACAAUAUCUAAUGACAGUGUUUCACCCAGAGGGAAGUCUAACAGAAAAAGGGAAAAUGUUAAUACAGAUUCUUGUGAGGAUGAACAAAAAAAGAAAGCAAUUGCUGCUCUGAAUGUAUCUCUUGGAGAUCCUUUAAAACCAACUUGUGUAUUUGACCCAGGAAAAGAACAAAUGAUUUUCAGGGACCUUGUAAAGCUUAAAGGUACACAUGAAUUUUGUGUUCAGGAUGACACAUUGAAAAUGUUUAAAAUUUUGAAUACUUCAUUGUUUGCCACUGGCACAUUGAUCUUGGAGCCCUUUAAAGAAAAGGGAAAACAAUAUGUCUGUUCAGAUACAGUGGUAUUCUUUGUUGUCAGUGGUGAUCUUAUAUGUACUUUACAUGAGACAUCUUACAACUUAACUACUGGAGACAUUUUCUAUGUUCCUUCAGGUAAUUUUUACAACAUAAGAAAUCUCCUGAACGAGAGAAGCAUCCUUCUUUUCACUCAGAUAAAAAGUGAAAGACCAGAAAAGUAAAAACAUAUAUGUGUAUACAUACCAUUCUUGUAUAAAGAGACUAUUUUCCUGAGAGCCAUUUUUGGUUUUGUGUUUGGAAUUAUAAACAUUCUAUUUCAUGUACAUAAUAUAUAAAUAUUUUCGAACUUC